UCAGGAUGAAGCGGCGGGCAUCUGACAGAGGAGGUGGGGAAACAUCUGCCAAGGCUCUCUGCACCGGGAUUUCCAGCAACAAUGCCAAGCGGGCUGGUCCUUUCAUUCUUGGGCCUCGCUUGGGCAACUCCCCAGUGCCUAGCAUCGUCCAGUGUUUGGCAAGAAAAGACGGGACGGAUGACUUUUACCAGCUCAAGAUCCUCACCUUGGAGGACAGGAACGACAAAGGCACAGAAACCCAGGAGGAACGCCAGGGCAAGAUGCUGCUCCAUACGGAGUACUCCCUCCUCUCCCUCUUGCACAACCAGGAUGGGGUAGUCCACCACCAUGGCCUUUUCCAGGACCGAGCCUGCGAGCUGGUGGAAGACCUGGAGUCCAACCGGAUGGUCCGCAAGAUGAAGAAGCGUAUCUGUCUGGUGCUGGACUGCCUCUGCGCUCACGACUUCAGCGACAAGACAGCCGACCUCAUCAACCUCCAGCACUACGUCAUCAAGGAGAAGCGCCUCAGUGAGCGGGAGACCGUAGUCAUCUUCUAUGACGUCGUGCGGGUGGUGGAAGCCUUGCAUAAGAAGAACAUUGUGCACAGAGACUUGAAGCUGGGCAACAUGGUGCUGAACAAAAGGACCCACCGAAUCACCAUCACAAACUUCUGCCUUGGCAAGCACUUGGUGAGCGAAGAUGAUCUCCUGAAGGACCAGCGCGGGAGCCCAGCCUACAUUAGUCCUGACGUUCUCAGUGGCCGGCCCUAUCGCGGGAAGCCCAGUGACAUGUGGGCGCUGGGCGUGGUCCUUUUCACCAUGCUGUACGGGCAGUUCCCCUUCUACGACAGCAUCCCUCAGGAGCUCUUCCGCAAAAUCAAGGCCGCUGAAUACACCAUCCCGGAAGAUGGGCGGGUGUCGGAAAACACGGUCUGCUUGAUCCGAAAGCUCCUGGUCUUGGACCCUCAACAGCGCCUGACGGCCUCCGAGGUGCUCGACUCGCUCAGUUCCAUCAUUGCCUCCUGGCAGUCCAUGUCCUUGCUGAGCGGACCUUUGCAGGUGGUGCCAGACAUCGAUGACCAGGUGGCAAAUCCAGAAAGUGCACAUGAGGCCAAGGUGACGGAAGAGUGCUCUCAGUACGAGUUUGAGAACUACAUGAGGCAGCAGCUGAUGCUGGCCGAGGAGAAGAACACCCUCCAUGAGGCCAAGAGCUUCCUCCAGAAGCGGCAGUUUGGGAACAUCCCACCGGUGCGCCGCCUGGGCCACGACGCUCAGCCCAUGAACCCCCUCGACGCGGCCAUCCUGGCUCAGCGCUAUCUGCGGAAGUAGCUCCUCAGCAGCGCGAGGUUCGUCCUCCACCUGCCUGACGUGGCGCGACGGC